CCCCACACACAGAGGUAGACACAAAGCACACAACCUGUACAGUCUAGUAUAAAAACACGUCAAAUGAGAAAAAAAUUUAAUAUAAUAAUAAACACUUCAGUUCCCAUGUAGCCAGUGAGUGGACGGGACACUACUCUCACUUUCUGAAUUUUGCAAUUUAUACAUCUAGUGGACUAGCUCUUAAACAACGAGUGAUGUCUGCAAAGUUAUCAAGUAUGUAGCCUAAUGAACACAAAUAAUUACAGGAACAGCUUUAAAUAAAGCAAACGUAUGAUUAUUGGUGCUAAAUGUAAUUUUUUUUGUAAGAUACACGCGACAUUUGAACCGAACGCAGAACGCAUACAAUGUCGGAUUUUAAAGGUAGGCUAAGUCAUCAAACUUUGGUCCAGUUGUUGAACUGGGGACUGCUCAGGAAAACAUCUUUCAAAAUUCAGUGAAUAACACACUUUUUUGUCGAAAUGCAAGUCAGUGCACCGACACGCACAGAAACAGGUCAGACCCGUGACGUCACGGUUGUUUACCUCGACGCUCAACCUCGCCAGUGGACAGGCUCAACACGUGACACCUCCUUAGUACGAUUCAGCCAAUCAGCGAAAGCAGGAUGAAAAAAAAAAAAAAAAAAAUCGGGAUAUCCUGAUUGUUUUUCAUGAAUACAUGUGUUUCUAAGGUCUGGAAAAGAAACUUGAUAAAUCCAGCAAAAUAAAAAGAUUUUGUCGAAAAGCUGGGGAAAGAUGAUUUGCAGGGUGCCCAGAAGUCCAGUCUGUGUGGCCAUCGCCCUGUGUGUCCAGGCUGCAGCCUUCCAGCUAGUGACUGUAGCGGGCAUCGGGUGGAUAACUUAUUCUGCUUACAAUGUUGGACUGUUUCGAGAGUGCAAGUCUAACACUUGUGUUGGCGUGUCGGAUACUAAAGAUUGGUGGAAGGUGACCCAGGCGUUCUCCAUCCUCGGACUGUUUGCAAUCACCGGAACUUUGGCUUUCGGAAUUCUGCAAUGUUUUGUGGAAGACUCCCGCGUGCUGUCUCGUUGUGGAAUAGCUUCGUGCUUUACCUCAGUGACCUUCCUAGUAAUAGAAUUUUCCGUGUUUGUUGGCAAGACAAGUGCUAUGUCUGCAUAUUUCUCCUGGGGCUACGGGUUUGUUCUCUCCAUCAUCGCCUGCAUCCUCUGCUUUUUUACCGGUGUGAUGUUCGUAGCAGACCUACACCACUCUUCGCCGACGGUGCAUGGUUGGCAGAGAGAAUGAAAUAUUGGGAGCUGGCUUGGCACUGUUGCUUGCUUGUAAAUUCACAUACAUUCAUAUUCGGAGUAAUGUUUGUCCAUUCUAUGAAACAUUGGAACAGUGUAAAAUACAGUUGGGGAUAUACUCGGGUGUGUAAAUUAAGUAACAUAGAAAUGAACAGGAAGUAAACAUUGUUGACGUAGUUCACGUCCUCUACACAUUACGUGAUGCACGUGUGUCUGAGCCAGAAAGUUUACAGUCACACCGACAUCUUAUAAACCAGGUAAGUAGUUACCGCAAAAUGUACGAUACUAAAUUCAACCAUAGUUAAAGCUUUGGUCAUGUGUGUACAAGUGGAGCAAAAGGAAGAGAAAGUUCAGUUGUCUAUGUAAAGAUUUUAUAACAAACACAGACUCUAUACAAUACAUCAAAACUAUUUUGUUUUUGUAUGGUGUAAGUUCAUUUUCGAAAAAUAAUUUCGCAUCGUUUAUGUUCAUAGUGGGAAAAUAAUUCUACUCACGGGUCAUCUUGCCCCUGCUUCUCCUCACAGCAUCUCCUGACUGUGUCAACUUUCAUCAACUUCCCAGACUUGAUUACUGGACAAAACUGCUCACGUCCUUUUCUGACUCUAACCCAACACUCAUGUACCAUUUUCAUUUCAAUUUUUGUUUAUUUAACUAUUGGGGUAAGGCUAUGUGCGUAGGCUGGAGGCUAUAUAAUAAACAGUUCUCUCACACACA